AUGGCGAUGAAAACACCCCUCUCAGUCCAGCGCACUUGUGGCCAAUGCAUCCGCCAAAGAUACCUCCAUCCGAACCGAACAACAGCAACCCGAUACCUCUCCACGAGUAAUCCGCUCCGCUCCGCCCCGAAAGCGAACCCCCUACGCACAACCGGGAACGCGCGAGCUGUGCGCCCGAAUGAACAGGAUGUUGCGAAGUACCGCCGGUCGAUGAUCAUCUCCGCGAGCGGGAUCGCGGCGUGUGCGGUGGCCAUGUACGGUGUGAUUACGCUCGAUGCGUUUGGGUUAGAGGCUACGCAGGCCAAGGAGGCGGAUGGGAAGGAUGAGGUCAAGGAUAAUGCCCCAUCGGGGAUCAAGCUGGAGGGGCCGGAGGGAUUCCCUCAUAGUCCGUCUGUGAUUCGGAUCCAGGGACAGGACGGUGCGGAGGAGGUCGCGACGGGGACGAGCACGAUCCCGACUUUUCCGUCGACGAUUCGGUUACCGAGAUACCAGCAAUCAUCUGCUACGCUUGCGCCUGGUGAUGAGAUCCCCGUCGCGACCGGCGCCGAGGAUGAGGACGAGUAUCAGCUCCUGGGACUCGGUGUGCGCACGGUCUCGUUUUUGAAGAUUCAGGUCUACGUCGUUGGACUGUACGUGGCCAAGUCUGAUAUCUCGGAGCUGCAGCGGCGUCUCAUUGAGACGGCUGUUCAUCCGCCCACCGAUGAUCAGGUCAUUGCGAACCCCGUUGGAGCUACAUCUGCUACAUCACUUGUCUCUACCGAACGCCAGCUACUAAAGCAGCUCCUCCUCGACGAGGAAAAGGGCGAAGAUGCCUGGAACGCAAUAAUCAAGGAUAACGGCCUUCGCACCGCCUUCCGAAUCGUCCCAACCCGUAACACAGACUUCAUCCACCUCCGCGACGGCUGGGUACGCGGUAUAACCGCGCGCGCGCAAAAGGCCAAUGCCAAGGCUAAUGUCAAUGCUGAAGGCCAGCCAGUGUCCACUCGCGGAGAAUUCGAGGACGAAUCCUUCGGCGCCGCAAUGAGCGACUUCAAGAAGCUCUUUGGCGGCGGUCAGCGCAAGAACGUCCCCAAGGGCCAGACACUGCUUCUGCUGCGGAACGAGCGCGGCGAGCUCGAUGUGCUGUUCGGGGCCGACCCUGAAAAGCCGUGGCGGUUCAUGGGCCGUGUCUCGGAUGAGCGGGUUAGUCGGCUGGUUUGGUUGAAUUACCUUGCCGGAAAGAAUGUUUCGAGUGAGGAUGCACGGAAGAGUGUUGUGGAUGGGGUUAUGGGUGUUGUUGAGCGGCCUGUUGGGACGCUUGUUCAGAAGGUCUUGUAG